UGAGGAAUUCCAUGCCACCCAUAACGUUAAGGCAAGAGAAAACACUGACACCCUGUAUAAUGAUCAUCACCAUCAUUUUGACAGCUACUAUUUCAAUGAAGAAGGCAUGCAAGGAGAUGAUCCAGGUAACUCUGAUCACUCUGAUUCUAGUCAGCAGGCAGAGGACCAGAGCCGUUCCAGUGAGUCCAGCAAGUCCAAUGAAUCUAGGGAGCCCAGAAGUUCCAGUGAAUCUACAGGGUCCAGUAGCUCCAGUGAAUCCAGAAGUUCCAGUGAAUCUAGUGAGUCCAGCAGUUCCAGUGAAUCUACAGGGUCUAGUAGCUCCAGUGAAUCCAGUAGUUCCAGUGAAUCUAGUGAGUCCAGCAGUUCCAGUGAGUCCAGUGAAUCCAGCAGUUCCAAUGAAUCUAGUGAGUCCAGUAGCUCCAGUGAAUCCAGCAGUUCCAGUGAAUCUAGUGAGUCCAGCAGCUCCAGUGAAUCCAGUGAGUCCAGCAGCUCCAGUGAAUCCAGCAGCUCCAGUGAAUCCAGUGAGUCCAGCAGCUCCAGUGAGUCCAAUGAAUCCAGCAGUUCCAGUGAAUCUUCAGAAACCAGUAGCUCCAGUGACUCCAGCAGUUCCAGUGAAUCCAGUGAGUCCAGCAGCUCCAGUGAAUCCAAUGAAUCCAGCAGUUCCAGUGAAUCUACAGAGACCAGUAGCGCCAGUGAGUCCAGCAUUUCCAGUGAAUCUAAUGAGUCCAGUAGUAACUCCAGCAGUUCCAGUGAGUCAAGCAGAUCCAGUGAUUCAAGUGACACUAGUGAUUCUAGCAACUCCAGUGACUCUAGCAGUUCUACCAAUUCUAGCAGUUCUACUAAGUCCGGAAGCUCCAGUGAUUCCAAUGACUCCAGUGAUUUGGAGAGUUCCAAAUAA